AAAUGAGAUGGAUUGCAACCCGCUUACGGUGACCGGUUUGAAAAUGCAAAUAAAGAAGGAGAAGAUGAGAUCGAAAUCGAAGCAUUGGAGCUAGCUAGCUAUCAUGACUUUUAUUCUUUUCCUCUUCUUCCUUAUCGUUCCUUCUUUGUUUGCACAAUCACAACCCAAUCACCAGUUUUGUGAAGCUGGAAUCGGAUACGGAGACUCCACAUGUGGAACUUCAAUUCCAUCAUCCAACAAAUUGUUGAUCAAAGGUGGCACUGUUGUCAAUGCUCACCACCAACAAAUCGCCGAUGUUUAUGUUGAAGAUGGCAUCAUCGUUGCCGUCAAUCCAACUAUCACGGUUGGAGAUGACGUGCAUGUCAUUGAUGCCACUGGCAAAUUUGUUAUGCCAGGAGGCAUUGAUCCUCAUACCCAUCUAGAGUUUGAGUUUAUGAACACUGUAACGGUGGACAAUUUCUUCAGUGGCCAGGCCGCAGCAUUGGCUGGUGGGACGACUAUGCACAUCGACUUUGUUAUACCAAUUAAUGGGAGUCUAACAGCCGGUUUUGAAGCCUAUGAAAAGAAGGCAAAGAAGUCUUGCAUGGAUUAUGGUUUCCAUAUGGCUAUUACCAAAUGGGAUGAAACUGUUUCAAGAGAAAUGGAGCUCAUGGUCAAGGAGAAAGGUAUAAACUCUUUUAAGUUUUUCAUGGCAUACAAAGGAGCUCUUAUGAUCAGUGAUGAUCUGCUUCUGGAAGGAUUUAAAAAGUGCAAGUCUCUCGGCGCCUUAGCCAUGGUUCACGCAGAAAAUGGAGAUGCUGUGUAUGAAGGGCAAAGGAAGAUGAUAGAGCUUGGAAUAACUGGACCUGAGGGGCAUGCUCUUUCAAGGCCUGCAGUGUUGGAAGGAGAGGCAACUGCCCGUGCUAUACGCUUAGCAGAUUUUGUCAACACUCCUUUAUACGUGGUUCAUGUCAUGAGCAUUGAUGCAAUGGAAGAAAUUGCGAAGGCCAGGAAAUCAGGACAAAGAGUAAUUGGAGAACCUGUUGUUUCUGGGUUAGCCCUUGAUGAAUCUUGGCUUUGGCAUCCUGAUUUUGAGACUGCAGCAAAGUAUGUCAUGAGUCCCCCUAUUAGGAAACAAGGACAUGAUAAGGCCCUACAAGCUGCCCUCUCAACAGGAGUUUUGCAGCUGGUAGGAACUGAUCAUUGUGUCUUUAAUUCGACCCAAAAAGCUUUUGGAAUUGACGACUUCCGCAAAAUACCUAAUGGUGUCAAUGGUAUUGAAGAAAGGAUGCACGUUGUAUGGGAUAUCAUGGUGGAAUCUGGCCAAAUAUCUGUCACUGACUUUGUCCGGUUGACAAGCACAGAAUGUGCUAGAAUCUUCAAUAUAUAUCCAAGGAAAGGAGCGAUUCUUCCUGGCUCUGAUGCAGAUAUUAUAAUUCUCAAUCCGAAUUCAAGCUUUGAGGUAACUGCAAAGUCACACCACUCUAGACUGGACACAAACAUCUACGAGGGAAGGAGAGGAAAGGGGAAAAUUGAAGUGACUAUAGCAGGAGGAAGAGUUGUUUGGGAAAACAAUGAAUUGAAAGCUGUUCCUGGUACUGGGAGAUACAUACAAAUGGAACCUUUUAGUUAUGUGUUUGAUGGACUGGACAAGAAGGAUGCCAGUUAUCUAAGUUCUCUUCAAGCCCCAGUUAAGCGGGCAAAGUCCACGGCAUAAUUUCUGGCAUCAUUGGUUACGUGGGCGGGGAGGAUAAAAUAUGUAACUCAAGUUUUCUGAUCAAACAAAAUAAAAUAUGUACAUUUCAUCCACUGGUAAGCAUCAUAUGUAUAUAUAAUUAUGUAAUAGUAAUAGAUAUAUUUCGUGCAAUAUUUUCCAUUGAUGUAAUGUACAUUGCUUAGACUGUAUCAAAAGCAACUGGAAUAAAAGAGACCGUAGCUUUUAUACGAUACUGUACAAUGUGUAAUGGUCAGUUUUCUAUUGAACUUGUCUCAUCUACACAAAAA